CCGAGGUCGUAUCUCUGAUCCACUUGGUACUUUGGUGCGUUAUAUGCUAUACGCGGUCGCGCGCGCACAUAACACGCACCUAUACUUAUAUAUAUAUAUAUAUAUACAUACAUAUAUAUAUAUAUUUACACAUACAUACGUGACACGCGCGCGGUAAUUUAUGUUAUGCACCCGUGCGCGCUGCCUCGCCACGUAGCGAAGACAUGGGCCGGGUGCUGGUGACACGAGACGGAUAAGUUCCGGUGGGAGAAUACGACGAAGACGACGACAACGAACGCUAUGUGCUCCGGUUCCACGAUGUUGCCGUAGUGAAUGUGCGCGGAACAGUGUGCAAUAUCUUUUUCGUUCCAUUUUUUUUUCCUUCCCCCUUUCCUUCGCGUUUGUUGUACGUCAGAGCAGAGUACAUGUACCGCUAGAGGUACAACAAACGCACUUUUUUUCCAAAUCCCCCAACGAAUUCUCGCGAAACAACAGCGACGUGAUGCCCGCCUCGUCGUUAUUGACCUUGUCGUAUUAUGUCGUAUUAUGUCGUACCGUGAAAAUAUCGGUGCCGAGAGGAGCGCCUUUGACCCCGUCAGUCCGGAGAACAUAUUGAAAGUUGACAGUCAGCGCCUUUGGUAGCCUUCCCUCGCGAGCCACUCCCCUCGAGAUAAAUCUUCGAAAUUUUAACUUGCGGACGUUUUGGGCAAUUACGGAAUCCGUUGAUCGCGUACAAAGAGAACCGCAUGAAACAUCCGCGUAAUUAACGAGAUGAUGUUGGGUGAUUUCGAAAAGGAGUUUGGAAAAAUUGUGCGACAACGGGCCAGUUAGGAGGAGAAUCGAGCCGCAUCGAAUAUCAAGAGGCGUCGGUGACAAACCUGCCGGAUACGCCGCGCAUUGAGAUAUGGAUUGGGCGAUGAAACGUCGAACAGUGGACCGUUUCGGGCAAAGACAUGAGGACACGAGGUACAAAGCGAGUUCUCGUUGCGUGAGCGUGGGCGUUAGCCGCGGAAACGGGGCGACUGGCUGUACCGGAGGCGGUUCAGGUACUGCAGGCGGCCGCGGCGGCGGCGGGGGCGGUGGUAGCCCCGGUAGGGGCGGAGGAGGAGGAGGAGGAGGAGGAGGAGGUGGAGGAGGCGGCGGCGGCGGGGGAGGAAUAGACGGUGGCGUGGUGCCUACUGCACCACCGACUACCGGCCAUCACCACCACCACCAUCACCAUCAUCAUCACCUCACCACCACGACUACCACGACUACCACCACCACCACCACCUGCGGCACCAGACACCACAGGCACAAACUGCCUGCCGGCAAGCACUGCACGGAACACCGCCACGUACAGCACCGGCAUCACCCACAUCGCUCCCACCACCGGGGCAUGAACAUGGGCCAAAAGAUUUCAGGCGGCGUGAAGAGCAUGAGCCGGGAGAGUGGUGCCGGAGCCGGCGGCGGGGUCGGUAUUGGCGGUGGCAACAACACGACGUACACACGAUCGGUGAUACCGCGUGAACUGGCCCAGGACUUCGCGAGACCACCACGCCUCGAUGUGCUUCUCGACAUGCCGCCAGCCUCGCGAGAAACACAAAUCCAUCACAGCUGGAACGCUGACGAUCGUAGUCUAAAUAUUUUUGUCAAGGAGGACGACAAGUUAACAUUUCAUCGACAUCCUGUCGCGCAAAGUACAGAUUGCAUACGAGGAAAAGUGGGGUAUACCAAGGGUAUGCACGUAUGGGAGCUUUAUUGGAGCACGAGGCAACGAGGUACGCAUGCCGUCGUAGGAGUAGCAACGGCGGAUGCACCUUUACAUAGUGUCGGCUACCAGAGUUUGGUAGGGAAUAACGAGCUCAGUUGGGGUUGGGAUCUUGGUAGAAAUAAACUCUAUCAUGAUUCAAGAAACAACACUGGCGUGACGUAUCCAGCCCUCCUCAAGUCUGACGAAACGUUUAUUGUUCCUGAUAAAUUUCUUGUUGUCCUUGAUAUGGACGAAGGCACGUUAGCGUUCGUAGUGGAUGGUCAGUAUCUUGGAGUAGCAUUCAGAGGGCUUAAAGGAAGGAAAUUACAUCCUAUUGUAUCGGCCGUCUGGGGACAUUGCGAGAUCACGAUGAAAUACAUCGGCGGACUUGAUCCCGAACCUCUGCCUCUCAUGGAUCUCUGUCGAAGAGUGAUUCGACAGCGAAUGGGUAAACAUAGACUAGAAAACAGGAUCCAUGAGCUGAAACUACCGUAUACGAUGAAGACUUAUCUUCUAUACCGGGACAGAAGGUAACCACUGAGUGAAUCUCCUCAAGAUGCCACGAUUAUGACUGCGAACAUCACCGUGUUAGAACGUUGCCACUACGACUCACAGGCGACCGUCCGCUAUCCUCUUACACGCCAAGAACAGCAACCCCUUAGCCGCGCGUUUCCGUUAAUCAAGCGCACGAUGUUGAACAGACUGAAAUGCGUCAUGCGCCGACGCAUCGAGACACGCCUAGUACUUCGAGAAGGCGCGCUAAGAGAACGAUGCCGAAAUACCAUAUUGAUAACGACUUGUGGCGCCCUUAUUAAGACAAAUCAUGAUGACUGUAAUUUUCGCAGACGUUAUUGCCAUCGCCGAUAAAUUCAACUCGAUGAAGGCAAAAUUAACAGACAAGAUGGAAAAAGAGGUUUUAA